UUUAAAUCCGCAGCCCUAAAGCCGGAGCGGCUAAGCACCCCCUGCAUCCUGCCGAUUGAGCGAUACACGCAAGCCAGACGCCCAGAAGUGGAAACAAAGCGCUGGGCUGGCAGAUAGGCGACUUCACCCGCAGAUAACAAUCGGUCUCCGAAGCGGAGGAAGUGCAGGAGGUAGACGACCAUCGGUCCAUACGCAGUAGUGGUGUUCCGACCUCGUGCAGGAGGGUGACAGGUACCAGCAACAGCAGAGAAUUACCAUGCAGAAGGAGACGUUUUGCAGGUGUCAAUGUCGGAACAUUAGGGAAACUGCGAACAGGAGCGGCAGUCGGUGGCUGCCCGCCGUCGUGACAGUCUUGAUGCUGGUCAACGUGGCUACAGCGACGUCGGAGGCUUCUUCCUCAGGAGCCUUCGUCAUGGACGGGGCCACUACAUACUGCUGGGAGGUGGACACGUCUAUAUAUUCCAACACGGUGGACGGCUCCUCGGUAAAAAUGGUGAGCGCGCAGGGCGACGGCUGCCCGCUGAAGCUCUCCAUCGCCUUCCCCACGGGCGACGUGUACGCGUACGACUCAGUAGACAUUUCAUGGAACGCCACGGAGCGCCUUGCGCCAAGCGGCUCUCUUGAGACCAAUACCUUCGGCUUGACGGAGUUGGCAGCCGGACUCGACCGCAUCUCGCAAAACUACUACGAGAUCACCGCUUCACGCCUGCGGACGUGCACCUAUGGUGUGGACUGCAACCCUGUGACGACAGGAUCACAGCUAACAGAGAACACAACCAACAUCCCGCUUAACUUCACGGACGGACUGGCUGCGUUCGACUCGUCGGAACUGUCGUUCAACCAACCAGGAAGCUACACUCUACUGGCACAUUUGAUUUUGCCGAGCAGUACCCCCACAUCCAAACGGUACGACUACGCUGUGUUCCUCAAAGUGCAGGUUCUAUCGAGGACGAGCGCCACGGUCGCGGACACCACUGCCACUCCGUACGCCGCAUCAACAGGUGACUCGGGAAGCUCGGGUGUAUCGACGGAAGUCAUCUGCGUCCUCAUUAUCAGCGGCAUUGUGGUAGUGGCCCUGGCAGUCAUCGGCUUCGUAACGUUGCGGUCCAAGAUUGAACGCAAUCCCGAGGCUAAUGCUAACAAGCGCAACAACUCUAAGAAGGGCCGUGGCAUGUUCGGGUUUUCAAGCACCGGAAUUAAUUCCGCGGGUGGCGUGGCGGUUGUGAGCGAUGAUGACGCCGAGGAGUUUGCCAUGCUCAGCAUGCAUGAAGAAACCAUGCGCCAGAAGCGCGGCAGCACUUAUCUCAGCGCUCUUAAUCGUGGACGCCGCAGCUCUGCCGCACCCCAAAAGAAGAACGGUAGCCCUAUUCAGUUCGCUGGACCGAUCUGCAGCCAAAGCUUGGAUCGUAAGGGUGCGAUGGGGGAUGAUGACAGCUUCAACGCUGGAGACAUCACACCGCAAAGUGUUACCAUCGAGACUCCAGGUACUGGUCGUGGUAUCUACACGGGCUUGGACAACACACCCAAGGUCCUUGCGCCCAAGCUUUCUCCGUAUGACCAGACCAGCGCCCCACCUGGUCAGAUAAUGUUCAAUGACAUCAUGGAGGACGAGGUGGACUCCACAGGUCCGCGAUCAGGUGGUGUCGUUGGCGCAGUGCGUCAACCCAACUUGGAAGACAGCACCAUGUCCGAUGUAACAGACCUGAACCUCACGGCUGUGUCUGAGCGUAUCAAGCAGCACCGCGAUAUUGCGGAGCAGGAGGCAGCAGCACAUGGCAAACAAGACGUGCUAACUGCAGAUGACCUCCGCGAGUCAGAGACGAAGGGUCCAAUGGCGCUGAGCGACCUCCUUUCGUCACGGGUGCGGUAAUUAUGUUCAAGCAAUACGAUGGAGACGGUGACGGUUGUAGUUUUAUUACCAAGACAGACUUCAGCAGCAGCCAGUUCUUCGUGAAUGUGUCGAUUCGAGCACCUUCGAAUCGGACACUGCAUCAAAAGGUUUUUCAAGCUGUGUCGGCAGCUAUUUUUCUUUUCUAAAAAGGAAGCGAACUCGAGGCAGGGAUCAAUAACGCGUAUGAGAGAGCGCGUACAUUCACAUAAGCUAAAGGUUAAUAUAUCUAGCGCUGUGACUAAAUACAUCUACUGUGUGCUUAC